AUGGAAGGCUCCUUCUUUCCUAUUUUACACUCACGAGGAGGCUACUAUCGGGCUCAGAGGCUCUUAUCCCGGCAACACCGCCCUUUGAUCCAGCAGCAGAGGAAGCUAAUGCAAGAAGAUGGAGCGUUUCACGUGCCAUGCGCCGCUGUGCUGUGCGUCAUGCUUGCCGUUACCACUGCUGCUGCAGAGCCAGCCCACGGAUACAGUGCAGCAGUGGGAUCACAGGAGCACAGUGCAAUGGCUGCCGCACACGAGGGUGGAUACUGGCACAGCAUGGGCAUGGCUUCACGCUCAGCGAAAUGCCCCGGGAUAAUCAUAGACUAUCGCAUUCUCUCUCUCACGCCCAUCCCCUUUGCCGGAGCGCCUGCGUUCCGCUUCACCUCCAAGGUUGCCCUCUCUAAUGUGGGCCCCAGGCCGCUCAGGAAAUGGGCGCUGUCGUUUGGGUAUGUGAAUCAGGAGGCGAUUGGAGAGGUGGACGGGGCGGUUGUUCCUGCGGGCGUGCAGCUGCCAGUAGCAGGCAACGGUCUCGAGCUCUCCAGUCCACCAGGGGCCGCAUUCCUGCUCACGGCCGUCCAAUCAGGUGGCCAGAAGCGGCGCUUCCAGCACGUGAUACAGCUGGCGGGCACAGAGGUCGCUGCCACGUCAGCAGCUGCUGCACUCCCCAGGACCAUCUCCCUUGAUGCCACUGGGUUUACCUGUAGCGACACACCCAUGGUUUCAGGUCGCAAUGACACGCUCCGAGUGUGCUGCCCCUCUACCGGCCCUUCUCAGGAGACGCAAGUCCGUUCUACCAUGGCACCACUGCCGCUACCAACGCUACCCAUAUCCAGCCAGGGGCUGCAGAUCCAGUGGGACGUGCUGAGCGCCAAUGCGUCUCAGUACACGGUGGCGGUGCGAGUGAGCAACACGCAGCGCUACACGGCAGUCAGCAGCAACCCUGGGUGGUCCUUGCAGUGGGCGUGGCAGAUGGGCGAAAUGAUCCUGGAGUGCGAUGGGUGCCAGACACUAAGGCAAGGAGGCUGCACCUCAUGCCCUGCAUGCCUUUUAACCCCUUUUGAAACGCCUCAACAUUCCCCCAUGUAUACUGAUUCUCUUUUCCCAGACUGCACCUCAUGCCCGGCGUGCAUUGACAACCCAUCCAUCACCAACCCCUACUCCUGCGAUCCUAUCCCAACCAUUGUGGAUGGCUCCCCCCAUGUUUCACUCGAGUCACUUCUUGCUCCGGUUCUCCUCCUUCCUUCCUUCCUUCUUUACCCCUUUCCCUUCCCUUCUUCACCCGCUUCCGCUUCCCCCCUUCUUCCCUUCUUUCUCCACUUCCUUUCCCUUCUCCCCGUCAUCUGUUUCCCCAACCCCCGCCACCCCAGCCUGAACGGAUCACUGUCCGCAGCAGCGUAUGACAACUCCGCCUCCACGACUUUCACCAUGCUUCUGGCCAAGGCGCAGCAGUACUGGGACCCCUCGCUGCUCACCUUCCCUGCCAACUUCACAGCGCAAGUGUCGAACCAGUCACAGGGAUUCGCUUGUGACCCCCCUGCUGCGCUCUCCCCUGCGGCGCUUGAGACUGUGGUGGGCGGCAGACAAACCAUGAAUGCCAAAGCCUUCUUCAACACCUCGCUCGCCCCCAGCCCCUCCUGCGCCUGCGGCUGCUCUUCCUCCAACACCAGCCAGGGCGGCGGCCAAUGCGACGCCGCCACGUCUACGAGUGCGGACCCCGCUGCAACCGUGCUAUUGGGCGAGGACCUGGCAGGGCUGGUGGUGCCGGGGCAGAGCGAGGGGAGCUGUGGCACUGGCUGUGGUAUUCAGGCACACGUGACUGUAUCAGAUGCGGACGAAACAGGCUGGACCAUGCGCGUGGCGCUCUGGAACAGUGCACAGCCCACGAUCAAGAACUGGACGGCAGUCUUGGCGUUUCCCCAGGGCUUUGCAGAAAACCUCCAGGAAGCUUCCUCAGUGGUGGCUCAAUUCGACUCCCCACCAUACGGUGACAACCUAAUGAUAUCAGGAGAGCCCAGUGUGAACCAGUGGCUGCUAGGAGACGGAGGCAACGUGCAGUGGACUCUCCGCUUCAACCGAACACCCAACACAGCCGGGUUCAACGCCACGGGCGGGGACACUGUUGCCAUCAGCUCUUCUGUCUUCCCAUUGGCUGUGCUUGUGGGCGGCCAACAGUGCCAGAUGCCGGCCUUUUUGCCGACCGCUAAGGCUGCAGGGACAGGUGGGAGCAGGGGUGGGGCUGUAUGGUGGAGCGUGGCAGUGGCAGUGGCAGUGGCUGUGUGGGCACUGCUGUGCUGA